AUGGGCAGCAAAAAGAGACCCUGUCCAACAACCAAUACUGACACUGUAGGCGCCCGUUAUGAUGGCCAGGCGCUUCUCAAGGCUGCCCUCUACAAAUAUCUCAAGGCACAGCCCUGGGCGGGCAAGGCCGCCAAAUAUAUCAGAAAAGCCAACCAAGAUAUCGAUGGAGUAGAACCUGAGUUCAAACUCGAUCCGUUGUUCGCUGCUUUGGUGAAGGAGUUGGAUAGGUCAGCGGAAUUGGCCGCAGCGGAAUUGGGCGCAGCGGAAUUGGGCGCAGCGGAAUUGGGCGCAAGCAAGAGGAAUCGCAAGGAUGUGGUGUUAGAAGAGUCCCUGGCAAAACUGGCCAAGUUGGAUCCGGCUUCGCUUGAGGGUUCGUCUCAGGUCCUGAAGCCUGCGCCGAUGAAGCGGUUAAAUACUAACGAGUGGUUGAAGAAAUCCAAAGUCAAAGACAACAGCUACGAAGCCAAGGGUGGAGACGGGUUUGCCAGCCGGGCUGCUGAGGACUUGGGAAAAGUAAAAGGGAAAGAUUUCCGAGCGGCUAAAAACAAGAAGAAAAGAGCCUCCUGGAAAGGAGCGGGUUCCAUAGAUACCGACGGAGAUACUGAGAUUCAUUUCAUCUAUUUCGAAACAUGUCGGAUACUGGAACUGAUCGAGUUUAUAAAGCCCAGGUUGAAAGGACAGGCACAUAUUCAUGUCUCGGGUGGAGGUGCGUACAAGUUCCAUGACCAGCUGAGUCAGCAGUUAGGUGUGAAAAUCGUAAAGUGUGACGAAAUGUCUUCCGUGGUGUGUGGACUAAUCGAAACCCUAGAAAAGGCUGACACACCCUUGUACCAAUUCGACCUGAGCACCGGGGGCAGACUACCGGAACAUUUCCAGUACCCUUUGCUGGUCGUAAACAUCGGCAGCGGUGUCAGCAUCCUCAAAGUUAACGGAGCCGAUGAUUACUCCAGAAUAUCCGGCACUUGUAUUGGCGGAGGUACAGCGCUAGGGCUAUGUAAACUGUACUUCGGUACCACCAGCUUCGAAGAGGUCGUAGAACUCUCUCGGAAUGGCAAGUCCUCCCUAGACCUCACCGUCAUUGACCUCGUAGGCGACAGCGCAGGCAGCACCCGACUACCGCCCGACCUACUAUCCGCCAGCUUCGGCAGACUACACAACAACACCGUACCCGUCUCCAAAGAAGACUUCGCCUUCUCCGCCAUACGAAUGGUCUCCUACAACCUCGGCUAUCUCGGCUACCUCCUGGCCAAACUUCACGGAUGCCAAACAGUCAUUUACGGCGGCAAAUACGUCAGCGACCAUGACAUUACCAUGGCCACGAUUACGGAAGGCAUGCUGUUCUCGCAACUUUACGAAGCGGAUGACGAAAUGACGUCCUCCACUUCCUUCGUGCACCAGGUACGACGGUUUCAGAAGGACAGCGAAGAACAGGGCAAACCCUUCAUCAAAGCGUGCUUUCUACGACAUGACGGCUACCUGGGUGCGAUUGGAGUGCUUUCCAAAGGCCUGAAGUGUUUGGAUUGA